AUGGUCCCAAAAGAGGACCAUCAAUACAUUGGAAUUAUUCAACUGCUUCAUCAUUUCAGAUGGACGUGGAUUGGGAUUUUUACUAUGGAUAACAACAAUGGAGAACGUUUCUUACAGAAAAUGCAGCCCAUACUUUCACAAAAUGGAAUCUGUUCAUCGUUCGUAGAAAGGCUUUCACAACUAAUCCACAUAGAACAGUUUGGUGAACUUUAUCAUCUAGUCUCAAAUAUUAUCAUUAAUUUGAGGAAUAGCAACACCACUGCAUUUCUUGUCUACGGAGAAUCACUGACAAUUAUGUGGCUCAGGGCUAUCAUGUUUGUAGCAGAUCCUGAAAACAAGCAAACUGCAUUAUUUAGAAGGGUGUGGAUCAUGACUGCACAGAUUGAUUUUGUGCUCUCAGGCUUUCAAGUCAUGUGGGAUCUCCAGAUGUUCCAUGGGGCUAUUUCCUUCACGGUUCAUUCAACAGCAGUUGUAGGUUUCAAGGAGUUUCUUCAGACCAUCAAACCUCAUUCAGGCUGCAGAGAUGGGUUUCUGCAGGACGUUUGGGAACAAUCAUUUGAUUGUUCAUUCUCAAAAUCAGAAUUACAAGAAAUGUCCAAUAGGCAGUGCCCAGUGGAAAAGAAACUGGAGGAUCUUCCUGGGCCCGUGUUUGAAAUGGAAAUGACUGGCCACAGCUACAGUGUCUACAAUGCUGUUUAUGCUGUGGCUCAUGCUUUGCAGGCUCUACUCAUGUCGGGGUUCAAUAAGAAAAAAACAAUGAUGGGUAAAAAAACUGACCUUCCCCCUCUGCAGCCUUGGCAGCUCCAUCCGUUUCUACAUGGCAUUUCUUUUAACAAUUCGGCUGGAGAGAAAGUUUCCCUGAAUGAAAAAGGGGAAGUAAUGGGUGGAUUUGAUAUCAUUAACCUCAUCACAUUUCCCAAUCGGUCUUUUCAAAGAGUUAGAAUUGGAAGAAUAGAUCUGAGUUCUCCAAAAGGCAACGGAUUAUUGAUUGAUGAAGAUUUGAUUGUCUGGCACCCAGCUUUUAAUCAGGUUCUUCCAAUUUCUCUGUGUAAUGACCAUUGCUCCCCUGGAUACUGGAAGAAGGAGACUGAAGGAAAACAAUUCUGUUGCUAUGACUGUGUUCCAUGUCCAGAAGGGAAGAUUUCAAAUCAAAAGGAUAUGGAAGAUUGCUCUGAAUGUUCAGAAGAUCAUUAUCCAAAUAAAGAAAAGAAUGGAUGUAACCUGAAACUGCUGGUCUUUCUAACAUUUGAAGAAAACUUAGGAAUUGGUUUAGUCUCAGCAGCUCUUUGUUUUUUCUUUUUGACAUCUUGGGUAAUUGGAACAUUUAUCAAGCACAGGGAUACCCCCAUUGUCAAAGCCAACAACCGGUCCCUCACCUACACCCUCCUGGUCUCUCUUCUCCUCUGUUUUCUCUCCUCUUUCUUCUUCCUCAGCCAACCUGGCAAGCUGACCUGCCUUCUCCGACAAUCAAUGUUUGGCAUCACUUUCUCAGUUGCCAUUUCUAGUGUACUGGCCAAAACCAUCACUGUGGUUGUUGCCUUCAUGGCCACUAAACCAGGAUCUCAGAUGAGGAAAUGGGUGGGGAAAAGAUUGGCCUUUUCUAUUGUACUUUCAUGCUCUAUCAUCCAAAUAUGUAUUUGUAUUGUUUGGUUGUCAACAUUUCCCCCAUUCCCUGAGUUGGACAAGCACUCAGUGCACCCAAAAAUAAUUCUACAGUGCAAUGUGGGGUCAGCUUUCUUCUUCUACUGUGUCUUGGGCUACAUGGGUAUCUUGGCCAUUGCCAGCUUUAUUGGGGCUUUCCUUGCCCGUAAAUUACCUGACAGCUUUAAUGAAGCCAAGUUCAUCACUUUCAGCAUGUUGGCCUUUUGCAGUGUGUGGAUCUCCUUCUUUCCAGCCUAUCUGAGCACAAAAGGCAAAGCCAUGGUAGCUGUGGAGGUCUUCUCCAUCUUGUCCUCCAGUGCUGCAUUACUGGGAUGCAUAUUCUUGCCAAAGUGCUACAUCAUUGUUGUACGGCCUGACCUCAACCACAGGGAGCAACUGAUAAAGAGGAAUUAACACUUGGUGUAAUAUUUCUGGCUUUGAGAAAUUGCUCACGAAAAAAAAGAAAGAAGGAUUGUUUGCUGUCCAUAGGAGACAUAUAGAAGUCCUUAAUUCUGACAACAGAGGAUUGAUGGAGGAUUAUCCUGACAACUAAGAUUUAUUAUAGUUGCCAAUUGCAAAAGAAAUGCUCAUGCUGCUGCAUUUGCAAUCAUUCUCCAAGAUACUUUAA